AUGAGGUGUGCUUCCUGCCUCUAUGGCCAGGAUCUGCCACAGCUGGUGAGGAAGGACCAGGCCCCCCAGGUCCCUGGAGAGUCAGACUGCCAAGGUCCUGAGUUUAUUUUGCAGGGAUUUCCUCUCAGCAGUCAGGUGGAGCUGCUGUGCCUACUGCUCCUGCUCCUGUUCCAGCAGUUGCUCCCAGAGACAUGUCUCAUCAUCUCUUUUGUGCUGUCUUAUGCCUACCUCCACACCCCCAUGGGCUCCUUCCUGUGUAGCCUCUCUAUACUGGCCAUCCUCAUCACCUCAGUCAGUUCUCCAAAACUGUUGGCCAACUUGGUGUCUGGGGAAAAAACAAUCCCCUUUGCUGGGUGUAUCACUCAGUGCUAUUUGUACUUCUUCCUGGCAUGGCAGUGUCUUCUGCUGACAGUCGUGUCGUAUGAUCACUGUAUUACCAUCUGCUACCUGCUGUGGUAGGUCUGCAUUGAGACUACUGUGAUCUCUUGGGUGGAAGCCUUCCUAUUUGUGCUCUUUCCAACCAUCCUCAUUUUCCAGAUGCCCUUCUGUGAUCCCUCCAUUAUUAACCACUUCUUCUAUGACAGUGGGCUCUUGCUGACCCUCUCUUGGCAACACACCACUGCCACUGAGCCUUUAGAUUUUCUGCUUGCACUCAUGGUCAUCCUCUGCCUCAUAGUCCUUGUGUCCUAUUCCUAUAUGCACAUCAUUUUGACAACUGUGCACAUCCCUUCUGCAAGUGGAAGGAAGAAGACUUUACUCAAUACCUGUGCUUUCCACCUGACUGUAGUCAUGAUUUCUGGUGGUGUCACAGUAUUUACCUAUGUAACUCCCUCACAGAAAGAAUACCUGGAGAUCAUCAAGGUCCCUUCAGUACUGAGCAAGGUUGUGGUUCAAUUCCUUAGCACCACAGGGUAUAUAUACUUGAGGAAUGACAUGGUGUUGGGCGUCCUCAAGGAUGACUGGGUCAGGGUUCCAGCAGUUUUAGAAAAGAGGAUGAGGACAAUGCUGAGGAACAGAUUGUCCUCCAACAAAGACCACUAG